AUGUUGCAUCAGCACCAACCUGCGCAACAAUCGACAAAUCAAUCUGCGCUACAAUCCUCGAAAUCAAUUCGGCGAAAACGCUUACAGCAUUACAUUCGUCAAAUUAAGCGUUUGAUUGCGGAACGAAUACCGCCAGUGGAUCCGGAAAAAAAACUGGGAACCAUCGAUGUACUCGACAAAGCCGUCGAAUUGCUACGAACGACAUCAGUAUAUGGUGAGGUCACUAAUCCUGGCCUUAGUCCACCUCAUUCUUGGCCUGAUUCACCGCUUGAUAGUAUAACACAUAUCAGUGACGAUACCUGGACACCAAAUGUCGAUUUCGUCCGCCGGCAUAUUUUUUCUGCAAAUAUCAGCCUACCGGAUGGUCGAAUUACUGACUUCCAGAAAGUAACUUCGAAGGAAAUCAACAAUGUUGAUGGUUUGCAAUGUGGGGCGUCUUUUCUGGAUUUGGUAGCUUUUUAUGGACGACAAGCAUUGCUUGCUGGCGCAUAUAAUGAUUCGGUCGAGAAGAAAAAAAUUCUUACACGAUUUGUCGGAGGCAAUGGAGCUUUUGAACUGCUGUGCGAAUACAAGCGUUCCGGUCGUGGAAGCACUGUAUCGACACAUAUUCAUGCAUUGGAACUGGAAAGUGCAUUUGGUCCAUCGAAAACGUUGAGUACAUUUGUAUUCUCAACUCGUCAUACCAGUUCGUGCUCACUUACUUAUCUUGAUUCAUCAGCAGCUAAUUACAUUGGUUAUUUGCCGGGUGAAGUAAUAAAUCAGUCACUAUUAUAUCUUUUGCAUCCGUAUGACAUGGCGCAAAUCAAGCAGAUACAUGCGACUUUGAGCGUUCAACGAAACGAAAUAAUACGACAACGUCGUUUGAGAUGGAUUGCGUUUAAUGGUAGCAUAAUUCAUACGAAUUCGGAAUGGUUUGCAUUUUGGAAUCCGUGGACUCAUAAAGUGGAUAAUGUAAUUGGACGACACACGCUAAAUGAGCAACCGAUAGGAAAUGCGGAUGUGUUCGCUGAACCAUGUGCGCCACGUAUUAUUACUCCAUUGGAUGAGUUAACAGUGCGCAAUAUUGAAUUCGAAAUUACUGCUAUAUUGAAUAAGGAACCAAGAGUACUGAUAAGGGAUGGAAGGUAUAAAGCAGCACCAAUUGCGCAUCAAAAGAACUUAAAUUCAAUUGAGCCGAAGUCGUCUGGUACACAUCUUGGCACUUACAUUGAUAAUCUUAUCGAAACAUUCGUAAUAAAUGCUGGAAGUUCCGGAAAUAAGUAUUUGGCAUCCACUGUUGAUAGUUGUCGAUCUCCAAUUAUUCCAACUGAUCUUUCCUCAACAAACUGCUGUAACGCCAUACCUUUGACAUAUAAUCAGAUUAAUUGUCUAGAAAAUGUGCAUCGGCUAUUGAAAAGUCAACAACAAACAGGAGAUGUAGCUGCAGCGUCGAUAACCAUUGAGCCAACACAGGAAAAAGUUUUAUCACCGAAAUUACCAAUAUCAGAAGAUUCAAAAAGUCCACUUCCCGUACGAGAACAGGAAGAUGAUAAUCGAGUUCCUACGGAUACAGCAGCAUCAGCUAUGCCCCUUACGAGGGAACUUUUGCAACAACAUACCCGAAAAUGGGAACAGGAGUAUCGCGAUACAUGGAAACAACGACUCGGUCUGAAAAGAUCCAAUCAGCAAACGGAAUUUGUUGUGCCCGUAUCUUCGAAAAUUUUCCGCGAAAGCAGUCACAGAUCAGCAAUAACACAGAGUAUAUCGACUACGUUACCUUCACCGAGAUCCGAUUGUUGGCCACCAAUGAACAAAGAUGAUUAUUAUAGAAGUCUUGGACCAAAUCCUCCUCCACCACCAGGCAAAAAUUUUCAAAUUACAUCGAUACCAUUACCACCUCCGUUACCGACUGAAGAACAUCGGUCUGCAUUUGUUCCGCUCCCCAAUACUGCGGCGUCUCAAUUUUCUAACACUUCAAAAUUACCUCGCGAUAUAUCACAACCUAUUAACUUAUCAUUGUCUGGAAAUAUACAACAAACGCAUUCAGCAGUAGGAAUAACAACGGUAACAUCCGGUACUAUCGAACGACAUUUUUCCACACAGCAACAGCCGCAGCAGCAAUACCGUUCCGUUAUAAAAACUGCGCUAACAUCCGCACCACAACAGCAACGACAGUAUCUUGAAUCCAAUAGGAUAGUAUUGUCAUCAUCAACAGGGUCAGCACAACGUUAUUUGUCGACUGGAAAUUUAAUGGAUUCAAGUCUGGAAUGGUAUCCAGCUACAGAGUACAGUAAUGGUGCGAUUGAAGAAGCCGGAGAAACUUGUGCAGCAAGACUAAUAAAUAUGGCGCAACGGGCGCAGCAACAAUUAGAGCAGAAGCGAUUUCAUUCCCCGCUUGCUACUUCACCGGUUAAGGAGGCUACCGAUGCAUUAAUGUUACUACAAGAAACAACUUCAUUUUAA